AUGGCAACUGACGUGGUAUUUGACACUUCAAUGGGCUCAUUCACGGUCGAGCUCUACAACAGUCAUGCGCCCAAGACAUGCAAGAACUUUGCGACCCUCGCUCAGCGCGGUUACUAUAACGACGUGAUUUUCCAUCGUAUCAUUCCCAACUUCAUGGUCCAAACCGGGGAUCCCACAGGCACCGGGCGCGGAGGCAGCUCAAUCUACGGUGAAAAGUUUGAAGACGAGAUUCGCAACGAUCUAAAACACACUGGCGCCGGGGUCUUGAGCAUGGCGAACAGCGGACCAAAUACAAAUGGUAGCCAGUUUUUUAUCACACUCGCGCCUACACCAUGGCUGGAUGGGAAACACACAAUUUUCGGCCGCGUGAAGAGUGGGAUGCGAGUCAUACAGCGCAUGGGUUUGGUCAAGACCAAAGGAGAAGAUCGACCAGUGGACGAUGUCAAAAUCAUUCGAGCUCGUGUGGUGGAAGAAGGGUCAGAACCAUGA